AUGACACUAGAGGAAGAUAAGUAUGAAGACGAAGCCAUCCAAACCUUCAUACAAACAGAAGGCUGCACAGACAGUAGCACAGAGGACCAACAGAGCUGCCAGCCACCACCUGCGGACCAGCAUACCUUGCAGCUCCUCCACAGAACCAACCGGAACAUCCCAGGAGACACCAAGGGUAGUUUUGGAAUCUCUAUACAUGGGCCUUGCUUUCAUGGUCCAAGGAACCUCCUAACUAUCAUGGGAAGACUCCAAGAAACAGUACAGAAGGUGGGUUGUUCAACAGAAUUGCUGUCAGAAUCAAACACAUGUCUUGCUGACCAGCAUACCUUGCAGACGUCUUCCCGAGCAAACGUGUACCUCUUUGGGGACAUCAAGAGUAGUUAUGGAAUCUCUACACAUGGACCUUACGACCAUGAUUUGUUUAAAAGAGAUUUAAAGAACGUGUGUGUUCCAAAAUUGGGCAUACAGCAGAUUUCUGUAAUUGCUGUCAGAAAUCAGUUUCUGUAUUCUGUAUUCUGUAUUGCUGUUCUUUGUGCAUUUCUGAAUUCAAAAGUUCGUGUUUCUUUCGUGCAUACAGAAAGCAUACAUCAAAACUCUAUUUCAGAAAAAUAUUGUCUGAAUCUGUUUUUCUUUGAUUCUGUUUUGAAGCCUUGUGUGCACAAAUUGUUGAUUAAGUUGAGUUUGUUUCUGUUUUCUGCAACUAUGGAUGCUAGGAUGAAUAAUUUAGAGGAAGCAUUGAGACAGAUCACACAGUCCUUAGCCAAUGCAGGCUUGAUGAACAAUGAUAGACCUAAUAACCAACACAAUCCCAACCUUACACCAAGAAACCAUGAGGACAGGACAAUUAGAAUAGAUAUUGCUGAAUUUGAUGGAUUAACACAUGACCCUGAAGUGUAUAUUGAAUGGGAGGCUAGCUUGGAUAGGUAUUUUGAAUUUAAAGACACCCCCAUUGAAAGACAAUAUAAGCUAGCUAAGAUCAAACUUACUAGGCUAGCAGCCAUAUGGUUAGAAGGCAUGCAAAAACAGAGGAGAAGGGAAGACAAACCUAGGAUUAACACUUGGGAAAAAUUGAAGAAACAUCUUAGGAAGAAGUAUGUUCCCUCAAAUUUUAAACAACAACUAUACAUGCAAUGGAAUAACCUCACACAAGGAAAUAGGACUGUAGCUGAGUAUGUGCAAGAGUGGGAGAGACUCUUAUUGUUAUGUGAUGUGCAUGAAACAGAGGAUAUAAGGAUAAACAAAUUUGUUGUAGGAUUAAGGGAAGAUUUAGCUGAAAAGAUGCUUAGCACACCUAAUCUCACUUUCUCUGAGGUGUGUAACUUGGCCAUAAACUAUGAGAAAUUUGCUAAUAGGAAGAAAGCUAGUCAAUCCACACCAAACUACACUAGGAACCCUAGGAAUCAAUCUUUCAGAACACCUAACAAGACACCCAUCACACCUAGGAGGGAGGAACCAGAGAGUAGGGAAAAGGGUAAGAAUAAAGAUGAUACACCUUUAAAAGACAUAGUGUGCUAUAAGUGUCAUGGGAGGGGGCAUUAUAAGAGUGAUUGUCCUAAUGCUAGAGCUUUCACUAUGCAAGAGUGGAUAGAAAUCAACAAGGACCACAGUGUUAGAGUCAUGUUAGUUGCACAAAAUGGCAAGGAGUUUGAGACUUGGCCUCCUGUGGGAGAGGAAGAACCAGAUGGGACCUAUAGGGUGAGUGACUCAGGUAAACUACAGAGAUAUGAGGACAGUGAGGAAGAAUCUGAGACAGAAGAGGAAAGGGAAAGAGUCUUACCUGAAGAUGAGCACUAUAACCUUGUCAUUAGGAGAAAUUUCCAUGCUACACCUAAGGAAAAGAGUUCUGACCAAAGGGAAAAUAUUUUUCAGACUAGAUGCAAGAUUAAGGAUAAGACCUGCACUCUUAUCAUAGAUGGAGGAAGUGAAUCAAAUUGCAUUAGCUUAGACCUAGUUAAAGAGUUGAGACUGAAGACCAAGCCCCAUCCACACCCCUACAAGUUAAAAUGGCUAGAUGAUAAGGCUAGUGGAGCUGUGAGUAAGCAGUGCUUGGUGAGUUUCAUAAUUGGUUCAUAUAAGGAUCAGGUUUUGUGUGAUGUGUUGGACAUGAGUGCUUGUCAUUUGCUGCUGGGUAGACCUUGGCAGUAUGAUAGGAAGACUACACAUGAUGGUUUUGCUAAUACCUACACAGUGAGACAUGAGGGAAAGCUUAAAGACUUGAUUCCCUUACCCCCACACAAGACCAUACCUCCACCCCCUACACCAACCCUACAGCUGAUGAAUAGAAAGGCUUGUGAAAGGGAAAUAAAGAGCCAAGAGGAAGUGUAUCUGAUGUUUACUAAGGAGAUAGAUCAACCUGUAGACUUACCUGAGGAGGUUAAGCCCUUACUGCAUGAGUAUGCAGAUGUGUUUCCUAAUGAGCUACCACCUGGACUACCACCUAUUAGGGGCAUAGAACACCAAAUUGAUUUGAUACCUGGAGCUGCCCUACCUAAUAGACCUGCCUAUAGGACAAACCCUGUUGAGACUAAGGAGCUUCAGAGGCAGAUUGAGGAGCUUAUGCAGAGAGGUUAUGUGAGGGAAAGCCUUAGUCCCUGUGCUGUGCCUACUAUCUUAGUGCCUAAGAAAGAUGGUACAUGGAGGAUGUGUGUUGAUAGUAGAAGUGUUAACAACAUCACAGUGAAGUAUAGGUUCCCAAUACCUAGGAUUGAUGACAUGUUUGAUGAGCUAGCAGGUGCACAAUGGUUUAGCAAAGUUGAUCUAAGGAGUGGUUAUCACCAAAUUAGGAUGAAGGAAGGUGAUGAAUGGAAAACAGCCUUCAAGACUAAAUAUGGGUUAUAUGAGUGGAUGGUGAUGCCUUUUGGACUUACAGGAGCACCUAGUACAUUCAUGAGACUCAUAAAUGAAGUGUUGAGACCAUUCCUAGGAAGAUUCAUUAUUGUGUACUUAGAUGACAUCCUUGUGUAUAGCAAACAAAUGGGAGAGCAUCUUGACCACUUAAGACAACUUUUUGAGGUUCUAAGAAAGCAGAGGUUAUAUGGAAAACUUGAGAAAUGUAGUUUCUUCAUGCAGGAAGUAUUCUUCUUAGGGUUUAUUAUUGGGAAAGAAGGGAUAAAGGUAGAUCCUGCUAAAGUAGAAGCUAUCUUAACCUGGCCUACACCUAACACCAUUACCCAAGUCAGGGCUUUUCAUGGGUUAGCCUCGUUUUAUAGGAGAUUUAUUCACCACUUUAGUGCUAUCAUGGCUCCUAUCACAGAGUGCACAAGGAAGGGUAUAUUUCAGUGGACUGAGGAUGCACAAAUAGCUUUUGAACAAAUUAAGAACCUCAUGUGUAAGGCCCCUGUGUUGAAACUUCCUGAUUUUUCAAAGCCAUUUGAGGUAGAGUGUGAUGCUUGUGGCAUAGGCAUAGGAGCAGUUUUGCUGCAAGAAGGGAAACCAGUAGCUUAUUUUAGUGAAAAGUUAAGUAAGGAUAGGCUCAACUAUUCCACAUAUGACAAAGAAUUUUAUGCUAUGGUUAGAGCUUUGGAACAUUGGGCACAUUACCUUAAGGUUCAACCUUUCAUACUAUAUACUGAUCAUGAGUCCCUCAAAAAUAUACAUGGCCAACACAAGUUAAACCCUAGGCAUGCAAGAUGGGUAGAAUUCCUCCAAACCUUUGACUUUUCAGCCAAAUACAAGACAGGAAAGACCAAUGUAGUGGCUGAUGCCUUAAGUAGGAAGCACAACCUAUUAGCCAUACUAGGAGCCAGAGUCCUAGGAUUUGAGAUGAUUAAAGACUUAUACCCUGAGGAUAGUGACUUCAAGGACAUUUAUGCAAGCUGCCUAGAAGGAUCACAAGGCAUGUUUAGCAUCAACCAAGGGUUUUUGUUUAAGGGAAAUAGGCUUUGUAUUCCUAGGACCAAUCUAAGGCAAUUAUUAGUAAAGGAAGUGCACGAAGGCAGUUUAGGAGGACAUUUUGGUAUUCAAAAGACCCUAGAUAUGCUUAGUCAACAUUUUUAUUGGCCCAAGAUGUUAGGCACUGUUGGCAAACACAUAGUUAGGUGUGAAGCUUGCAUUAAGGCCAAGAUUACUUUUCACAAAGGAGAAUACAUGCCUUUACCUGUUGCCACCAAGCCUUGGGAACACCUUAGUAUGGAUUUCAUCAUGGCCUUACCUAGGACUCAAAGGGGAAAGGAUUCUAUUAUGGUUGUUGUGGACAGGUUCUCCAAGAUGGCACAUUUUGUUGCUUGCAACAAGGUGGAUGAUGCUCAAAACAUAGCUAGGUUAUACUUUGCAGAGAUUGUAAGGUUGCAUGGGGUACCUAGGACCAUUGUGUCUGAUAGGGAUAGCAAGUUUCUUAGUUGCUUUUGGAAAACCUUGUGGAGACUGUUAGGCACAAAGCUCUUGUAUAGUACAUCUCAUCACCCUCAAACUGAUGGGCAAACAGAGGUGACCAACAAGACCUUGGGCUCAAUCUUAAGAACCUUAGUGAACAAAAAUCUAAGGGAUUGGGAUCUCAAGUUAUGCCAAGCAGAGUUUGCUUACAAUAGAAGUCCUAGCUAUAGUACAAAGCACUCCCCCUUUGAAUGUGUUUAUGGGGAGAAUCCAUUAUUGCCUGUAUCUCUAACUUGUAAUUUUGAAAAUGACAGGGUACACAAAGAUGCUGUGGAACAAGCUAAAGAGAUGAUGAAGCUGCACAAGUUGAUUCAGGAAAACAUUCAGAAGGCUAAUGCAAGAUACAAGCUCAAAGCAGACAAGGGCCACCAGUCCAAACAACAGUUGGAAGAAGGGGAUUUUGUGUGGAUUUACCUAAGGAAAGCAAGAUUUCCUCAUCUCAGGAGAAAUAAACUCAUGCCUAGAGCCAUAGGACCUUUCCAGAUCAUAAAAAAGUUGGGAAAUAAUGCAUACAAAGUAGAUCUCCCAGAAGAGUUUAGUGUUUCAAACACCUUCAACGUGGGUGAUCUCAAACCAUACAUUGAACCUACAGAAUUGAGGACAAUUCUUCCUCAAGAAGGGGGAAUUGAACCAAGUAUGCAAGGCACACAUGGCUCAAGCAUGACACUAGAGGAAGAUAAGUAUGAAGACGAAGCCAUCCAAACCUUCAUACAAACAGAAGGCUGCACAGACAGUAGCACAGAGGACCAACAGAGCUGCCAGCCACCACCUGCGGACCAGCAUACCUUGCAGCUCCUCCACAGAACCAACCGGAACAUCCCAGGAGAACCAAGGGUAGUUUUGGAAUCUCUAUACAUGGGCCUUGCUUUCAUGUCCAAGGAACCUCCUAACUAUCAUGGGAAGACUCCAAGAAACAGUACAGAAGGUGGGUUGUUCAACAGAAUUGCUGUCAGAAUCAAACACAUGUCUUGCUGA